AUGACCUCAAGAGGUUCGAAUCCCGUCUCGCGCCUUGCGGAAGCUGCCAAGGAGAAGGUUGCGCCUAGUACCUCCUCCAAAGCCAAGGACCCCAGUGCAAACUGGACCCCGGAGGAGAUGUUUGAAACAACGUUGGAUAGGAACGGCAACCCUGUGCCCGAUGAUUCCUAUAUUGACGGGGAAAAAAUGAGAAAAGGACGACAAGGCCCGGACGAAGGAGAUGUCUUUGAGGCCGCAAAUGAGGACUUCGACUAA